ACUAACUCUCAACUCUAGGCAGAUUAUUAGUGUUAACCCACUAGUAAAACAAGAGAUUUUGCAUGGGAUUGUAGUCGUACCUUAAUAACAACCCAAGGCAUGGCAAAAACAGUUGUCUCACAAAGGAAACAUGGUGAUGCAGGAUUAGAAGCUCCCAGAAACAGUUUGGACCUGUUAGGACAAACCUGUGCCCCCGGGGGUGGUGUUGGAGACUAUCUACCGGUAUCCCCUAAAAAAACAAACACCACUUUUCUCUCUCUUUUAUAUGAUUGGCUUAUUAUUCCUUGGAUGUUUCCUUUUUUUCAGUACUCGUAUGAACUGUUUAAACAUGAAUGGUCAAAGAUUCAUAGAGAGGAAGAGGAUUCAAUGAAGAACAAAUUCGUCAGCAGAGAAACAACGACAACAAACAAUAAUAGAGUACCAAACACCAGAAGGACAACUCCAAGUGUCGUGGCCAGACUCAUGGGAAUGGAUAUGGAUAUGUUUCCAUCUUCAGUUCAAAACCAUCAAAGGAAACAAGUUCGAAACAACUUCAAUACGAAAAACGAAAAUAACAUGAAGACUCAAGAAGACAUCCAUCAUGUUAUUAUUAAUCAUCGCAGCCAUCGUCCAGAACAUCCCCAAGAGGAAGAACUGCAAAAGUUUAAGAAAGAAUUCGAAUCUUGGCAGCAAACAGCAAGAUUUAAGAGAACGAUUCCUGAACAAAAAAUGCAUGCCCAAGAGACCCUCAAACGUGAAGAAACUGUUCUUUAUUCUGAUUCUAGAAGAAGAAGAAUAUCAAAUGAGAAGCCUAUUAAAGCACUAGAGGAUCAAAGGUUUGGAAACUCUUCUUCUGGCCCAAAUAAGAUAGUUUUACUAAGACCUGGAUCUACAGACCGGUUAGCCGAUAGUGAAGAAGAAUCUUGGGUAGGCGGUUCAUCUAGUACUAAUAGUAUAGAAGAGUUUCUUGAAGAGGUAAAAGAACGUCUAAAGUCUGAGUUUCAAGGGAAGUACUGUCACAACAAAAGGGGAACUAGUGAAAAGCCACUAGAUGCAAUGAAGAAGAAGCAGAUAGAAAAACAAAUCAGAGAAAGUGAGAUUCAAAUCAUCAAUGAAACAAAUUCUUUUAGGCAUGCUCCUGAUGAUAGUGUCCACAUAAUGCACCAUCAUAGAGAACCGUCUCUCAUCAGGUCUUUGUCGGCCCCUGUAUCAGGAACAUCAUUUGGCAAGCUCCUUCUAGAAGACCCUCAUGUUCUAACUGGAGCACACAUCCAGAGGAAACAUGAAGCAGUUGAGAAAAAGAUGAAGAAGAAGAAGAAAAAUAAGGAAAAAUUGGAGAUCAAGGAAACUGUUUCCAACUUCAAACAGAGUUUCACACUUGGAGGACAGCUGUUUCGAAGAAGGUUUCAAUCUGCAGAUGAUAUGUAUAGCUGCAGGAACGAUAUCAUGAGCGGACCAACAGUUGUCAUGAACUAUGGAAACAUAAUACAGGAAAACGCUACAGAGGUGCCACCAAGUCCUGCAUCUUCUCUAUCAGAAUUAUCUCCACAAAGAGAAUCCUCACUGCCACAGGUUUUUAGAGAGAUCAACUCAAAUCUAAGCGAGCUUAGGAGACAACUGAAUGCUCUAGAUGCUGGAUCGGAAGAGGAUGAACUUCCGGAAGUAGAUAUGAUGGAGGAGAAUCAAGCAGAAACUUACAUAAGAGAAUUGCUGAUUGUUUCUGGUCUAUAUAACUACUACAACAACACUAUUACUACUACAUUGUCAAGGAGAGGAGAAAAACCGAUUAACAAUCGAGUUUUCAAAAAAGUUGAAAAAUCAUACAUGAACAAGAGCAAGAAUAGUGAGGAUUCCAAAAUGAACCGUCAACUUCUAUUCGAUUUGACAAACGAAGCUAUUGUUGAACAAUCCAUGACGAGUAGGAGCAAGUUAUUGAGUAAUAAUGUAUGGGAGAGAGUUCGAACUUACUUGUAUCCGAUUCCAGAAGACAAAUUCCGUUACUCGAUUGAUGGUAUGGUGAGGCGUGACCUGAGAUCUGCACCGUGGAUAAUGCUGGUGAAGGAUGAGGAGAUCGAUUAUCUGGGGAAAAUGAUGGAGAAUCAGAUCAUAGCACGUCUGAUCGAAGAAGUAGUUAAGGAUCUUCAGCAGUUACAUUUAGAAAGACGAUGGAGAAAGUAUAAUAGAUAG